CGACUUUGCGAAUUAGUCAAAAGAUAACCUAAUCUCUUGAGCGGAAGUAAUUAUGUGUACGAUUCUUUCAUCAUAAUAUCCCGUUCUGUGUAUGUCGUGUAUGUAUAUGUUAUUCAGCGCGCACCGAAUUGAGUGCCCGGGCGCGAGUCUAGAUUCAUUCAGCAGCUUCGCAACCGUACAAACACCAUCAGGAACUGUAGGAUCAUUAGGAAAAGAAGCUUUCAUGAUAUUACACAUUAAAUUGCUUCGAUGUUCAAAGCGGUGUGCAUGUCAUAACAUUUUGUCUGGUGAAUUUGUGCUAGUGAGACAACGGAGUCGGGCGAAAAUUGUGCAAGAUUUUCGAAAAUAGUAAAUUGUAAUGCCUACACGUCGCCGUAUUGCGUCGUAUUAGUCAUCGGCAUUCUGGAACUGCUUAUCGGAACAAGAUGGAUCCGGCCUCGAUUAUCGUCCUGGAUUCCUCGGACGAGGAGUCGGGAGAACCUAAGCGUCGAAAACUAAGUCGGGUGACACCAAAAACCAUUAACGGUGGGGAACACAAACUGAAGGUUCCUCCAGAACCGGCCAGUAACAUAAAGCGUAUCAAGCCGAUCACCAUCGCAACCAACUUGAGUAAAACAGCGGACAACAACAAUCGUGCGUCUACGAACGAAAGUUUCGCUAUUAUAAACUACUCGGAUGAAUGGGAAAAGGAUCUUCAAAAGUAUCAACAGAUUAUCAACGACCACGAGCGACUGAGACAGCAACAGCAGAACUUGUUGAAACAGCAACAGCAGAUAACCCAACAGCAAUCGGUUAUUAAAAAGAAGUCAUCAAUUUCCUCGGUAGUAGAAGAAGAGACAAAUGAUCGUAAAACCGCAACACCUGGAAGCAGCAGCACUGCCGAUUCGCAUUCCACGAGUCGUUCGGAGAAAAAGCAAAAGACGAGUGAUGUAGAGAAAAAUCCAAUUGGAAAGGAGUUCGCUGAGCUGCUGGAUGCAUGCCGAAAAGCUGAUGCUUCUCCAGAAAUGGAAAUGCUCAUUCAGAAAAAAUUGGUAAAAUAUUACGAGUGCGUUCAUCCAGAUUUCAUCAAUUCCAAGAGCUUCAAAAAAACAUUGGCUGCUGUAACGGCAGAUGUAACAGCUCAUCCCGAUUUGGUGUACCUCAAACUAGCCAGCAUCGUGGAAGAGUUGAAUAUACGUCGAAAGUCGCGAAAUUCGGUAAUGACAAACGAAAAUGUCACCAGCACCGGUAACGAGAAAAAGGACAAUCAGAUUCGGAGACUGAACCGAGCGUUAUAUAUUUUGAAAAAGCGAAUUGCUAAACUGGAAGAAAUGGAAGUAGAUUUCGAGGAGGACAUAAAUUCCGCAUACAUGAUGGAAGAGCGCUACAAGAAACGGGCAUUUGAAAUCUACGAAAAAAUCUGUGAUAUCACUGGGGAGAGCAAACAUGCACACCGAAUCGUACGGAAGCCCGUCCAUUUUGACGGUACCCACUAUCCGGAGUUCAAUCGCACCAUCCAAACGUUCGUGAACAGAACAAACACAUUUCCGGAUUUUUUCGAUGUGCUGAAAUGCCUGCAGCAUUGCAAUAGUCAGUACGGUUAUCGCAUGAAGCGGGAUGAGAUGACAAAAAUUGCACAGGAUGCGUUCAUCAAGAUAGGUAAGCUACUGCAGAAGCGCCGGAAAACCGACCUUUACGAAACGGUGUCGUAUUACACGGGUAGUGAUAAGGAUCCGGCGAUAGCCGAUCGGAAAUUGCUGGAAAAACUGGAAGACAACAAAAAACAUUACGGCAAGAUCGGGGAUCUUAUUGACAAGUUCGCUCGUGUUCAGGAUCAUGACACAGAUGACGAAUUGCAGGCAGGUGCUGCGUCGAGCCAUAAUUUGAAGCCAUCCAGUAGUAGUAGCAGUAGCACUCCAGCAACUGUCACAACAAAAACUGUUCCAUCUAGUAGUUUGAAAAAGGAUGAUAGCCGAUCCGAGUCUCCUUCCUCAACCAACAGUGCAACAAAACCAACAAACUCUUCUGCUGGUGGCAGUAGGAGCAGUUCAAUUGCAGAAGAUAGAAAUACCAGCAGAUCGAACAAUAACCAUAAGGUAGAAGAUAGUAAGCCAGAGUCAGAUAAAAGCACUGCGGAAGUGUCGCCGGAAGAUGUGGAUGAGGAGUUUGACGAUGAAGAUGACGAGGAAGAAGAUGAAAUGCUCAUCAAGGAAAACGUUAAACCUGACACCUUUGAUGACAUCGAAAUAUCGGACGAUGAAGAAUUAAUCGUACCAACUUCUUAGCGUUGAUCACAUUUCUUCGCUCAAACUUGUAAAUAGGCAUUCACACAGACCCCAGAGAAUUGUCCCUAAAACCAUUUUAGUUAUAAACUCUUCCUCCCGAAGUUCAAAUCGUGUAUGUAAACCAUUUUAAUUUUGUACUCCUAAUACUUUUGAUGAAUAAUUCGACUAGUAAACAAAAUUUGAUCUCCUUA